UAGCUUUUUGGCAGGCGGCUUGGUCAUGCGGGGCCGAGCAGCAGCGGCAGUCGGUACCGCGGUGCUUCUGGAGUACUGCUAGUCGCACCAGUUGGAGUACUUGCCGUGCCGUUGUUUGCUACUGUGUGGCCGUUAACGGAAGCUCGGUUUUGUCGUCGUUGGCGUGAUGGAAUUGGACAAAAUGGACGAAAACGACUGGAAGUAUCACGGAGAGGGAAACAAGAGCCUGGUGGUCUCACACGUACAGCUUUCCAGAGUUCUACGUCUGCUUAAGUAUCCAGCAGAGGACUCUGAAAACCCACCACAGACAGCAGAGCAGGCCUUCAGGCAGAUCCAGAACAUUGUUGACUUUAGCUCCAACGUGAUGAGCAGCCUGUUGGGAGAGAAGUUCAUCCACAGCGGGGAAGUGGUCAAACUGCCGCUAGAGUUUGUACGACAGCUUUCAAUCAAAGUUCAACAUCAAAGACCAGCGUGGCGGUGUGAUAAGGUAAUGGACAUCUACAGCGGCUGUGCUCUCUGUCUGCCCAACCUGACAUCCCCAGCCCUCCACCAGUCAGCACACACUCCUCCACUCUGCAUCGAGAUCAAGCCUAAAUGUGGCUUCCUGCCGUCCUCCAGACAUGUCAGCAAAGACAUCAAGACCAAAGUGUGUCGCUUCUGCAUGCACCAACACUACAAGGUGGCCAACGGGAAGUGGAAGAGACGCAGUCUGUACUGUCCUCUAGACCUGUUCUCAGGGAACAGGCAGAGAAUGCACUUUGCCAUCAGACACCUAAUAGAAGAACCUCAGAACAACUUCAAAAUCUUCAAGGGUGGUCAGUGUAUUUACAGCAGUAAAGAGGGCAGUGACGACUCGUUGGACCUGAACUCUCUGCUGCACCACCUCAGACCGUACUUCAUGUACGGAAACAACAGAAUCAACAGUCACAUGACCGGCAAAGCUGUCCUGAACGACUUCAUCCAGGUCCUGGUGAAUGCCCUGCUGAGUGGUGGGGGAGGAGAUGGAGGGGUGGUGACGGACAGACGAGGAGAAGGGCGGAGCUUCUGUGAAGCCAGUCUUUUCAACAAGGAGAGGAUUCGCCACGGCUCUCAGGGUUUACCCAGCGACAGUGUUUUGUUCAGGAUCCUUCAGACUCAGAUGUUGGACACAUUGGACAUCGAAGGACUUCAUCCUUUGUACCGCCAGGUGGAGCAACACCUGCAGGACUUCCCCAAGGAGAGAACUCGUCUUCAGAUAGAUGGGCCGUACAACGAGGCCUUCCUGGAGAAACUGCAGAAAUGUCCAACGGAUGACGACGGCUCCGUGGAGUACGCCGUGGCCAAGGUUCAUCAGUACCGCGUCGCCAUGACAGCCAAGGACUGCUCCAUCAUGGUGGCCCUGGUGCCUAGCACUGAGGAAGAGGACGACGAUGAAGGUCAGAGGCGGCUCAGAGACUUCCUCUCCUCCAGACCUCCUGCUUUCUCCUACUCGGUCUCCAUCUUGGAUCUGGACCCGAAGCCGUUCGACAGCAUCCCCCGCCAGCUGCGCCUAGACCAGAGGAUUGUGUCCUGCUACUUGAGGACUGGUGGUGCCUUGCCAAAGGGCUCUCUGCCGGUGCUCCCGGGCAUCUUCACGGCUGCAGAGAGAGAGGAAUGCACACUGCUCUUCCAUCCCGUGUGAAAGCCCAAGCAGAGCCGGGCGACCCCCCCCCCCCUCCCCGAGGACGAGGACGAGGACAAACUUGACGCCACGCUGCUGCCUCAAACCGAGAGGAGAGACGCCAUUUUGAUCCCAGAGGUUUAGAAUCACUUCAGACCAGAGCUGUUAAUUCACUGCAGCGCUUUCUCCUCCUCCUCACUCAGCUCACGUUGACAGGUAUCACCCUCUGGUUCCUGCUGCUGCUGCUUUUCAGCAAAAAUAAAAUCUCCAGGAAGUCACCACUAAAUCCCCAGACACUCAAAUGACUUCCAGGUUAUUUUUGUUCCUGAUUCUAGAGCUUACGUGUUGUCGUGGCGCCCCGACUUCUCGCUCUUGUCCAGAGGUGAAUCUCAACAUCACCGCUCAGUUCCGUCACGAUUCAUCUUUAGUAGAAAACUUAACUUGCAGGGAGCUUUGUUCUCUCCUUUGGAGAUUAAAGUAUAGGUUCACAAUCAGGUCUGUCUUAAAACAAUAGUCAGGCGCUCGUAGGAACCACAGGUUUUUUCUUGUUGUAAUCAUUUCACCUGGUCAUUCUGGCCAUUAAGAGAUCUCUUCCUAAUAAACUUUAAAUGUAAGUGAUGGGGGACAAAAUCCACAGUCCUUUCUAUGGAAAAUACAUUCCACAGUUCAUUUGAAGUUAAUAUGAGGCUUCAGCACUUUAUCUUCUGAAGUUACCACCUUUUUGGUACAAAAUUCAGUCUUUCCACACGUUGGAGGGACAGUAAAACAAAGAGGGAGUUUUGUAAUUAAGAGGGAAACUUUUGAAAAUAUCUACUGGAUUUGUCAGGAAACAGUCUGCAGAAGCUGCUCUUUAGCAUGAACUUUGGAAUGUAUUUUAACACAGAAUAAGGACUGUGGAUUUUGUCCCACAUCAAGACCAGAACUCUUAACGGACUGUAUGAAAAGGGCGGAUGAUUACGGCAAGAAAAGCAUUUCAAUGUUCACAUGGACACCUGAGUAUUGUUUCAAGACAGACUUCAAAAUUGUGAACCUGUCCUUCAACCUCCUGAUGAUCACUGAUGCGGUUGUCGUGGCAGCAGUCUCUGACUCUUAUUGGCAAUGCUACUGCGAAGCAUCACCGUGGUAACGGAAACACUAGUUACCAUAUCUACAGCUGCAGGGGAAGGGUUAAGCUAGCACGGUGGAUCUUAGCAAAACAGUCUCAGCAGCUGGAUGGAGCAGUUAAGAUGUUUCUUUGCUCCCAUUCGAGGUCAGUGGUCAGAGGUUUUCAGUCCAACCAAUCCCACCGAUCAACUCAAAACUAUUGCAUUAACGAGACUGAGGCUGUAACGAUUAGUCAAUCGACAGAAAAUUAAUCGGCAACUAUUUUGGUAAUCAAAUAAUUGUUUCCGUCAUUUUUCUAGCAGAAAUUAAUUGGUUUCAGCUUCUCAAACGCGAGUAUUUGCUUUGCUGUUGGACAGUUGUUCAAAGACAACAAGAAACUCGAACAUUGUGGGGUUAGAGAAACUAAACGGCAUUUUUCAGUAUUUUUUUUUUAACAUUUCAUACAAGAAAGUUAUUUAUUGAUAAUGAAAAUAAUCGUUAGUUGCAGCCCUAAAUGAGCCGAGGUGAUGCAGUGUUUUGUUGUACUGAAAACCUCCAUGAACUGUGAGACGCAAAAUGACAGCAAGCAAUGCUUUUUGGGUUUCCACACGUUUUCUCUUCGGGCGCGUUGAAGGUCGAUGGGGGAAAAUUUUGUCAUUAAAGGGUCAGUUUAACCAAAUACAAGUUUCUCCCCUCCAUCUAGUGAAAUCUCUAGUCAUAUAGUUUUGUGCUAUUCAGCAGCAACAUAGCUUCUAAGAAACAGUGUCCCUGUUAGUUUAGAUAAAACACACUGGGAACAGCUUUGAUAGGAGCUUUUUCUUGGGUAGAAAAUAGUUCCAAUGAACACGGUUUCUGAAAAGAGAAGCUGCCGUUGAACUUUUUAAAAAUAUUAUUUUCAGUGCCACGGUAACCUGAAUUCCAUUCACCUCCACUGUAUUGGGCUGGAGGCAGAAAGACGCCGCCAGACGGGAGAGAGAAAACAGACUUGAGUAAACUGACCCUUUAAGCUGGGACCCCCGACUGAGCAGCUUCGUAGAGUUCUUCGAGCAAAGCAUUUUUGUCCUGCUGCAUUUUUUGCCUUUCUGACAUAAUGUAUUUCCUUCAGCGCAAAAGUGGGAUUUAUUUCCACUCUUAUUGAUGUCAGAACAAGAUUCAUCCCUCUCUGUUGGAGGCUGAAACACAGCCGUGGUUGUCGGACAAUCCCUCGUUGACUAACCUGGUGAUACGUAGCUUUGUAAAGGUACGGUUACAUUACACUUUGACCUGGAGAGGAUUUGCUCGGUGUCCCCUGUAGUUGAAGCCCAAACCACAAAUUCGAGUGAGAGUUUGCAAAAACUGGAUUUACAGGUCAGAUUUCACCUUUUGAUCUGUGAAUUCACAAACAAUAGAAAAACUGGGAUGCACUGUGUUUGGAAAUGGAAGUUAUCACGGCAACGGACCACAAACUGCAGCAUCACCUUCAUUUAGAGUCUGUGAGUCUUUAGACUCUGCUCAGUGCUUUAUCAUAAUCCACACAGUAACAGCGACAACACGUCCCUUUUUCUGAGGCUGAUUUCAGGGCGAUGUUUUUGAACAGAAGACCAAUGCGACCGUGCGCUUGCAGAGCAGAGGAUUUUACAGUGAAGCGGGGGAAAUCAAAAUAUGACAGAGAUGAAAUGACAAACAGAACAGGGACAGCUUCUGUCUCCUAACCAGAGGUCAGCGUGUCCAGUCUGUUGUAGAUCUGUCUGACCCACCAGAGCAAGGGCUGGGUAACAGAGAGCAGUCCUCUUCACACAGGCCAAGCUUCAUGCUGCUGCUCUGCUGGUUUUUGUGCCAUAAGUGGCUUGUUGUGUGUUCGUUGUGCUUGUCCAUGUGCCUAAAUGUUCUGGUAGGACUAGAGGACGAGGGUGAUUGAGGUGUGUGUGUGUGUGUGUGUGUGUGUGUGUGUGUGUGUGUGUUUGACAAAACUCACUUUGUUACAGGCUGCGUUCACAGCGGAGAUCUGCGACAAAAUCCGCUCUGGUUCGUCUCUGUUCAGACUGACAUCAGAUCUGUUUCAAGCUGCUGUGGACGCAGCCAUGAACUCUCAGUACCUCGACCUCCUGAGGAUCCAAACUGAAGCCCAACGAUGUGUUCAGGGGCGCUGGGGGGUUUCUGAGGACGGGGACGUCACCAGGACUCGGGACUUGUACCCAGUUUAGUGACCACGGUCGUACUUUGUCAUUAUCAGACGACUAUUGACGGCCUUUUGUGGACUUGAGUCUCUUCAGGUCCAGAUUGUCACACCCUCUUGCCGUCAGAUACAAACUUUGCAAACUGUGAUCUCAUCGUCCUCUUAAACCAGCAGCGCUCACGGAGGCUUCAGGUAAACUGGUAACACUUGAUUUCAGUUCCUCUGUUUACAUUGUCCACUCUCCAGCCUCCACGACCUCCAUCAGACCACUGAAAACAAAUCACACUACAAGACCGAAACCUCAGACGACAGAAAACCCCUCCGCCCUCCAUUUCGCUCCCAGCGUCAGGCAUGUUUUCAGGAAACUUGUCAGCUGAUGACCAGCGACCGCCGCCUCGUUCAUCUGCAGCAGGUCAACGUCACUGUAACAUCAGCCGGGUGACGUUGUCAGUAAGUCUGUUAGAUCCAAAGGGUUAAAUCAAGAGAUUUCAGCGCGCCAUUCGGAAGACAAACUCCAUCUAACGCAUGUUACUCUGGACAGUUUGACCUUUAACCUGACGCCCAGCUGGCCACUUUCAAUGCCUCUUUGUCUGGGGGAUGGAGGAGUGAAAGGCUGGAGAGUGAACAGCGGUGAACUGAACCAACCACCGAUUGUUCUAACUGUUGAAAUGAAGAUGCGACAGGCACCAUGACGAGGCAGCGGAGGCUCGUGGGAGUUAGAGGGAGGGUGGCGGGGCGUCUGUCUCCAGUUGUAGCGUCAUCUCUGAGCGAGACAGUCGAGGUCUGGACACAGGUUUCAAACCAAACCAAAGUAUUGGAUCAAACAUGUUGCAUCUACGUCAGAAUGGAAAAGUUACUCAUUAAAUUGUCUUUCUGUUUUAGCUGUAAAAGUAGCUAGAUUCAGAUUUUUAUUUUGGUAUUUUUUUCCAAUCAUCAGUGUGAUCAUGAGAAAACAGCUGCAGGUUGUGUCGCAUUUAUUCUCAUCACAUUCAAGUAAUAGAGCUAAAGCCACGUUUGUCAUGUGGGAUGGAGGAAAUGGACAGAUUCCUACGUUUACGAUUUGAGAGGAUUCACUGCAGAGUUGGUCGCGUGAGGGUUAAAAAUAAAUAAAAAAAAAUAGUGUGCAUUAACAGUAUAACACCAUAACCGUUAAGGUAGCAUUUAUUUAUAUUUAACGCGAGGCCUUUGUAAUUAUUUCCUUUUUUAAAAAACAUUUUUUAGGUACUACUGUAUUAUUUGAGUAUACCGAAGUUUCUAGGUUUGCAACCUGGUAAACUCUGCAGGUGAUGAGGAUCAAUAAUCCGCACAUUCCCAGUUUUACUUGUAUUCUACAUGAACAUGACAACGUUUCAACCACAAACGUUCCUUUCCUCAGGUUUCAAUGUUGUCAUGUCCAUCACGUGACCAAAAACAAGAUAGUAGGGCUGCAACUAACAAUUAUUUUCAUUACCGAUAAAGCGCUUUGUCUGUAUCGUCUGAAAAAAAGUCAAUGAUUCCUUGUGUUAUUUGACCAACAGCCUAAAACCCCAAAACAUUCAGUUUUCUCUCAUAUGUGAAAGACAAGCAUCAAAUCCAGACGUGUGAGAAGCUGGAACCCAAGACUUUUUGGCAUUUUUUUUUUUUUUUUUUUGCUUGAAAAUUGUCAAAAAAUGAUUAAUUGAUCAUCAAAAUAGUUGCCAAUUAAUUGUUGCAGCUCUACAAGAUGGCACCGUGUAGGUAUGUUUUUGUCUAUUUCAGUAACUCCCACAUGACAAACAUGUGGACGCAUCUGUUUUUCUUAAAGAUGAAAUCACUGACAGUCUUUGAAAAAAAACCCAGAAAGGUUCUUCAACAACAGUUCUGAAAGUAUUUUCUAACGUUUCCGAAGACUCUUCCAACAAUCUGGAUGAAAAAUAUUCUGUCAAGCGCGUGCUAAAGAAAAGAUUUUUAACCUGCUUCCUAAUCCAGAAAAACAUGUUUUUUUUGGAAUGAAAAUAACACUAAUCUAAACAACUAUACCCAGUUACAUUUUUCCAAUGUUGUUGAGCUUGAUGUUUCGUUCUGGAUCUUGGAAACUGCAUU